AUGAGUUUCUGGGAUCACAUGAAGUUGUGGGAGAAGAUGUUGUUGGUGUUGGCUGUUGGAAUGUUUUUGACACUUCUUGCUGGAUGCCUCAAAUUAAUAUACAACAAUUACAGAGUCAAGAAGCAUACGAAGAUCGCUGAGGCUAGAAAAUCACACAUAGAAAGUAUUGGUGGUGGAACCGACCUCGUCAAGUCGAAGCAGGAUGAGAUUCCGUUUGGAAUCAAGGCAUUGGAGGCCGGUGUAGAGGUGGAAGGCAUUUACAUUUCACGGCCCAAUACUCCUGCUCGCUACACUCAAAGCCAGGCUACCCUUGUAGGAUCCGACGCAGCAAGCCAGAAGUCUCGCGGCCAGGGGCCUCCAAGCCCCAGAUUUGCUCAUGGAAAUGGGUCUGGAAGCUCAUCACCUGCACCCUCAAUGAAAAGCGGACGACCAAUAGUCUAUCAACCCAGUCCUUAUGUGCAGCUUCCCCCAGCAAGUUACGCCGGAAUGUCUUCAGUGCGCUCAAGUGCAUCCUCACUCAACGGUACACCGCCAAUUACCCGACACUCAUCGACUGAAAGGGUUCAACAGAAUCACCGACCUUAUUCCGAGAAUGGGCAGGACUGGCAGGGAAAGUCUAUUCCAACAGUCCCAGAUGCGGAUACCCUCGCAAAGUUGGAAGGACGACAGUCAUCUGGUUACGAUUAUUCAAAGAGCGGCAAGCGGGGCUCAAGCCGAACUCCGAGCCCUCCUGAGAGUCAGGUUUCCCCAAGUCUUCCUUCAGUAGACGAGGAUGGGCCGUCAGAAGAGUCAUCGCGUGAAUCUGAUUCAAGUCUUGAGCGUCGCCAGCACCCUAGAUAUUCAAGACCGGGUGGGCUUUUGGCAACAUAUUCCUCACCUUCGCUCCCAUCAGCAUUGAAUCGCCCUGUGUCUGAAACAACACAGGGAGAUCUCUCGGCUCUUCAUUCCCAUCGCUUGUCUCAUGCUGCUGAGGUUGGUCAGCUUUUACCGCGCAAACGGCAGUCAAACAACCCUGGCAGUGUCACCCCAACUGGUGAAGCAAGCCAGCCUUUUUAUUCACAAGCCACAUCUGACCCAGUAUAUGCCCUGGACAUUGCAAUUCCAAAGGGUGGACUUGACGGUCUUCACUAUCCACAGCUACCCUCAAUGGAUUCCUUGCCGACGCGGAAAGAUACUCCAUUUGGUAGUGAUAGCAACUGGCUUCCAGGAUCAGAGCAAGGUGGACAAGUAUUAUCUAGCUCUGACUCGUCGUCAGAACGAAAACCUAUAAAGGGCAAGGGAAAGAAUCUGUUGAAAAAGGGUAAAGGGAAGGAUGUGGAUUUGGAGGCCCAGAGUUGA